AAUGGAUAGGAUUUUUCUAACUCGCACAGGGCAUUAGCACACAACAACCCGUAUGAUACCUACAAAAUCAUGGACAAUAAAGUAUAAGAGUUAGACUAGUUAUCUAUAUAAACCUAUUAAUCCCUGUAAUUGAAUCCAUGUGGCAUAAUUACCUUAAGUCUUAGCUUAAUUGAAUCCACCGCUUCAUCUCCUUACGCGUCUCCACUUUGUACCCCCCGCCUCUUCGAUAGCACCUAUUAUUCCUUGCGCCGCUUCGAUCCGGUUGCUCCCCCUAUCUCUCCUCUUCUCGUCUCCUCUCCGCCCCUUUUCUUCGAUCCCCUUUAUCCCUUCGAUCUCUCCCCUUCCUCGAAACCCUAGCUCUCUCGAUCGUGGGGGGUGGGGUGCGGCCACGAAGCUUGCGAGGCUCAGAUCGGUGGAGAACGCCCACGACGAGUCGAUCUGGGCGGCGACGUGGGUCCCUGCCACCAACUCCCGCCCCGCGCUCCUCCUCACAGGCUCACUCGACGAGACCAUGAGGCUCUGGCGGCCCGACGAGCUUUCCGCGGCGGCUCCGCCCUCGCGCGGCCACGCCCUCACCGACCCCUCCGUCCGAAAUUUAGAGAUGAAGGAAUGGAGGUCGGGCUUACCAUGAGCAUGAAGAUUAAAAUUGGAACUCUGCAAUUGACUGCUAUGGAAUGCGGCUGCUAUAUGGCGGAAUUAAUCAUAACAUUGAAUGGAGGAGCAUCUUUGUUUUAUUAAGGGAAUUCCACCGUAAACACUACAAACCUAGCAAUGCUAAGAUAUGGUUUUAUGGAGAUGAUGAUCCAAAUGAACGAUUACGUAUCUUAGCUGUAUACCUUGAUCUAUUCAAAGGAGAUUCUGCUGAAACAUUGAAGGUUCGAUAUCAAAAAAUGUUCAAAACACCAAAGAGAAUUACUGAGAGAUAUCCUGUCAGCAAAGAAGGUGACUUUGCAAGGAAAUACAUGAUAUAUCUAUCAUGGCUUUUAUCUGAAGAGAUGUUAGAUGUAGAAACUGACCUUAAACUUCGCAUUUUGAAUCAUCUCUUGCUUCGGACGCCCGCUUCUUCCCUGAGAAAGAUCUUACUGGAAAGUGGCUUUGGAGAUGAUAUUAUUGGUAAUGGAAUUGGAAAUGAGUUUCCUCAACCCAUAUUUUCCGUUGGAAUGAAUGGUCUCUCCAAAGACGACGUUCGUAAAGUUGAAGAAUUAAUUGUGAAUACUUUUAAGAGUCUAGUAGAGGAAGGUUUUGCACUCGAUGCUGUGGAGGCUUCCAUGAACACGAUUGAGUUCUCCCUUAGAGAGCAUAACAGUGGUUCAUUUCCUCGAGGCCUAUCUUUGAUGCUUUGCUCCAUAGUAUGUGGUUUAUUUUGCUCUGAUUUUUUGAAAAGAAAGAACAAAAUUUGUAGCUUUACGAUUCAUGUUUAAAGUCAGGUUUUUCUAAUAGAUGUUCAUAUGUUGCAGAACAAAUGGAUAUAUAUAUGGUAAGGAUCCAUUUGAGCCUCUACUAUAUGAGUCAUUGCUAAAUUUAAAGUCAUAUAUUUCCAGAGAAGGACCAAAAGCUA